CUAGUAGGGUCAAGCCCCUGAAAGAGGUCAUGCUUUCCAUAGUUUCUAGCGUAUGUAUUCCACUUAAAGAUGUGUGCUGUUUUAAACAGCGCACCAACAGGAAGUGUACAUUUACGAUGCACCGGAAGUCGGAACUUUUUUUGCGCGGGAACCUCUGCGCGGGAACAGUGAGGAUGGGCGCGUAGCGUGUGACUGUUUUCCCGCUCAAAUUUAAUUUUUCGAUGUUUUUUUUCGUUAGUGUAUCUUGCAGCCAUGAAUACUAUGAGAUAUUAAAGUGAAAAGCUAGAAAACAAGGAGAAAGCGCCCACAAACUUAUAUUCAUAGAAACAAGAAGAUAAGUGGAAGGAAAGGAAAAAAAAUUCUCUGAAAAAGAUAUGGCAGCAAACAUUUGUAAAUUCAUGAGAAGUGUAAAGCACUACAAGACACGAAGAACAAAUAACAAGAAAACACAAAAUGGAGGACGGAAGGAGUUUGGUGCAUUUGGAAUUUUCUCAUUAAUUCCUCAAGAAAUGUGUUUUCGUGUCUAUGCAGCAUUGCCACUGGUAGAACUAGGCAACCUUGCCCUGACUUCCAGGGCUUUGAGAGACUCUGUCCUCUUCUAUCUUCAUACCAAGCAAGGAAUUGUUUCCAUAGUACCAAGGCUGCUCGAUGUCCCAUCGAGGAUAGAGGAUGAGCUUAAAGGAACAGAUCUUGCGGGAAAAGCAAUUCAAUAUAUGACACAUUUUGGUGAGCUUGGUAUUCUGACUAAAAGAGUUAGCUGUCUUCUUUCUACAAAAGAACGUUUAAGAGAAGUAGGCAUCAUCCUAGACAAGCUGAAAGACACACAUAUGGAGAUAUGCCUUCAAUUUGGCAGUGACUUUGCCUAUAGCUGUUAUGGAGAGUUUCUGCAUGUCUUUGUGGCUGGGUGGGAAGAUGAUGAAAAGCUCAGGGCAUACCAAGCUAUUAAAGCUGGUGCAUCGUGUCUUGAUGAGCGCAUGCAUAAGGUGUUACACACAGCGCCGGGCUCCCAUCCUUGGUUCGAGCGCUACAUCCGUGUCUUCUGCCGAGAGAUAUUUCUGGAUAAGGCCUCUGAUCGUCAAGAAAAGCUCUUUUGGUUAACGUCAAUUCUCAAGCCAUGGCCUAUUGUUUGCAAAGCCCGUCUUCUCUAUAUCAUCUAUGGUCCGGUGUUUAAUGAAAGUGGAUUCAUUAACUGGGAUAUUAUGACAACGUGCCCAACGUUCUACGGCGUCGAGGAUGCAGUUUUGCGUGAGCUGUCAGAAGCUUUGGAGAUACUGGACACCGAGCAUUCUUCCAAAUGGAACGAGGACGAUCUUGUUAGUGUAAUCGAAGAGCUCACAGCAAUACCCAGUGACUGGUGCCUGGAGAACAUCGCAAAGAUGCUGAAACUAUGUGGCGAUUCUAUAUCAUUUGCUGUACUUGGAAGCAAGGCUGUAAAUGGUAGAGUCCACGAGCUGUCCUACCUCGGAUAUUACACUGCGCAGGCUGCUGGUCAUGACGAUAUGGUGAAUGGAAAAGGACGCAAGAUAGAGAGUUUCAUGUCCCUCAUCAAACGUUUGUUAGCUACAAUGCCUGGCUACAAGAACAAAAUAUCGUUUGCAACAUCCUUGUUCAACGUGUGGGAAGAGAAUGUCCUCACACUAGCGGAGGAGAUGCAAAUCGCUGGCGCAGGUCGUGAUGAAUCGCCGGAAGAACAAGAACAAGCUCUCAUAUCCACCGUGCAUAGUCUUUCUCGGGUGGCGGCAUUCUUGCUAAAAGACUCUAUACUUUAGUGCACAUAUUUUGGUUGUGUAUGUACAAUUCUUUCCAUCGGGAGGAUAGUCUCGUCCGCGCUAGUUGUAAUGGUUCUUUCUCAGCAAUAUGUGAAUUUAUUUCUGAUAUUUUAUGAUCUUGAAGGUAUUUAUAUUAUGCAAACCUAUCUUAUUAUCUUUGAAAGUUGAACAACAACAACAUGCAGUUGACCGUUAUGUAGGGACGUUAGCUCUAUUAUACUCGCCCUUGCUUCGAGAACGAAUUCCCCGGUUUUAUCAGGGUCAUAAAACUCUCGGUAUUUUUUUUGAAAAUUUAACCCUAUCCCCCCUUUGUAUAUUUUAAGUAGUACGGUACCGGAUGCUGACGGACCCCCUCCCCCCGCAUUUUUAUGUCAAGUGACCCGGAUGAUGUCGUCCUUGUUAUUUACAUUCUGCAAUUUUAUACAAUACACCAAAAACUGGAAUUCGACUCUGCCAAAUUUUUGUUUUUAAUAAGACUUCUUCAGGGCAGACCCUUCCAGUUUUUGGUGUAUUGUAUUCAUUGUUCUGGUACGAGAUCGCUACAGUUUGGGCUUUUUGAUUCUAUCAGCAAUUUUAUACAGUAUAUAUAACCUAUUCUAUCUAUAUCACAACCACAAGACAUAUAUCUAUGUCUUGUGGCUGUGAAGAAAGAAUGUGUAAAUUAUUAUAAUUAUUAUUUGUAUUUUUCCUUACAAAAUAAAAUGAAAAUUAAUGGUU